UAAAUUCGUCGAAUUAUCUGACCGGAUCAGCUGGCACGGUUACCAUGGCAACGGCGUCGGUCAGCGUAAACAAACUCCGUACUCUUCGAGACGUUACUACGAGGAUCGCGAGGACGGCGAGGACUUCCGAGGUUACGUUCGUUGAAAGAUGUCAUUCCGAGACUUACGAAACCUGACAGAGAUGAUGAGAGUGUUGGGAUACCCAAGACUGAUAUCAUUAUCAAACUUUCGCCUGCCCAACUUUCCGCUGGUGGCCGAGAUGUUGGUGUGGCUCGUCAAGAGGUUCGACCCCGAAGCCGACGUGCCCGUCGAGCACGAGACCGAGCAGGAACGGGUGGCGUUGAUUCGUUGCGUGGCCGAAUUCACGGCCGUGAAGACGAGCGUGAAGCUCAACACGAAGAAGCUGUACCAGGCGGACGGGUACGCGGUCAAGGAGCUACUGAAGCUGACGAGCUUGCUCUACGAGGCGCGAAGCCAGAGCCCUCGCGAGAACGCGAAGAAAGAGGAGACGACGACGACAUCCUCGAGUUUCGACGUCUCCGAUCGAGUGGACACGCUGAAGACGACCAGGCAACUCGGCAGUCAGCUGACCGUCAGCGGGGCCGCCCUUUUCGACUCCCUAGGUCGAGAGGUGGACCUUAGAGAGAUUCGCAACUCCAAGGUGUCGCGCCAGCUGGACACCUCGGAAAUCGAGGCAGCGCUCGAGGAGACGAUCGAGAGCACGCGGACGGAGAUCGCCGAGACCCGGGGGCAAAUCGACAACGUCAAGGAGACCGAGCAGAGCCUGGACGCGAAAAUCGAGAGGCGCCGCACCGAGCUCGACAGGAAUCAAAAGAGGCUCCAGACUUUGAGGAAAGUUCGACCGGCCUUCAUGGAGGAACUCGAGAAGCUCGAGCUGGAGCUGCGGUUGCUGUACGAGGAUUACUUGCAGAAGUUUCGUUACCUGGCCUAUUUGGAGCACUUGCACGAGGACGCCGCCAAGGCGGAGCAAGAGAGAUUCGAGAGGAGGCAAGCGGCCACGCGGAAACAGCUGGAGCUGAUGCGAAGCAAAGACGUCACCUUCGAGAGCACGAUCGAGGGAAACGAUUCGAUAUUUGGGGCGAACCUGCAAGAGCCUCUCGGACUCGGUGAGCUGGACGGCCAGCCCGUGGACAAGUCCGGCCCGGACGUUCGAGGGAAGACCGGUAAGAGGAAAGUGUUCCCUUCGAGGAGAAAUCGUCCCUACGGGGUUUCUGGACCUUGCAGAAACCGGAAAAUCGGCCCGGAGUUACGCGUCCCAGAGGCGAAUCUACGGAAGCAUGUCGGGGAGGCCGAAGGGCCCCGCGAGGGAAUCCGUCGACAGCGGGGAAUCGCUGGACAGCGACAGCGAUCUCUUGAUAGACGGAGACCUCGACGACGACGACGACGAGGACGACGAGGACAACGACGAGGACCUCCUUCGCUCGGUCGGCGAGGCCGAAAUGGCCGGACUGGACCUGAAGGGCGGACAAGAGAAGCGAGCCGUCAGCAAGAUGGUUCACUCGGACGAGGAUUUCUAAACGACCGCCGCUGGCAAUAAUUCCUCCGAUUAAUUUAUAAUACGCGUUAAAACGCGACACGGGUCGAGGCGAGUUUUAUUCAUAAAUCAGGUAAUUCCAUUGGGGGUGUCCCCGGCAUUACCCUCCGACCCUGGCGACACUCGUCAAUCUCGACGAUUACCGUGUCACCUACCCAUGGUCACCGAUCCUCGGAUUGACGGCAAUAUAGAGUAUACACAUAUGUACAAAAACCGAAUCAACAUGCGCGCGAUGGAUGAGUCCAAUGCAUUCCUUUUCGCUCAUUUCUCCACACCAGGGUAAGGGAAAGAUACGCGAGCGCGUUGCCGCCGAUUUCCCUACGAACCGAACGCCGAUGGCUAUCCUGGUACGCUGGGAGACAUCAAUGCCCUCCCAACCUGCACAGGCGAUGCCGCAUCUGCAGGGGAGGCAUUCACGCCCGCCAUUGUACAUGGAUACUCGUCCUUACUUAAAGUAUGCCGCGUAUUUACAUUCGACCGGGACUGGGUAAUCGGGGUCCCCGAACGACACGAUCAAUGGCGGGACGACUCGAUGCCGAUCGAUCGCCCCAGGAUCGAACAUCGACUCGCCGACUGGCUCUAGACAUUUCUACAAGGGGCUGCCUAACUACGUCGGCGAUUCUUUAAGAUUACAUCCUAAGGAUAUGCGUCAAGACCCGAUGAGUCCUCCGUUUCUCGGGGAUCGUACAAAUCAAGGGGUGAUUCUAGGGUGAAAAAGAAAAGGAAAAAAAAAACGAGCAGAGGGUCAAAUAGGCCGGCACUUAGGCCACAGGGUUAACGAACGGCGAACCGACGCACGCCGCGGUAUCGAGUCGAAUCGAAGAGCGAGAUGAAUUUACAUCCAUUAUGGCGACGAAUCCGCCUGGAUAUCUCGCGCCCCGAGUGUACGUGCGCGCGUUAC